GCGCCGAUCUCCCUCCACACGCCCCGCGCGGCGCAUCAACCUCACGCGGCGCAAACUGGAGACGCAGGAGCACGCGGAGUUCGCCCGAGUCUUGCACUGCAGCAGGAGACGUCCGCAAGCUCCUGCGUCCCGUCGUCGAGUGCACCAGCUGCGAGCCGCGCGCGCCGAUGUGGCACAGCCCGCUCUCCCACCAUGGCUCCGCAGCAAAUUGUCACGUGCCUCGUCGACGAUGCAGCCCUGAUGAUAGCGAGGCCAUCGUCGUUCCGCGAGAUCGCCCGCUCACGGGAGCCGUCCCGCUUCUUCGAUGACCUGCGGGAAGGGCCAGUGCAGCAGCCGGACGGCGCAGACACCGAGAGCGGCCUCGACCUCCUCGAGCCCUGGGUCAUCAGUCCCGGUGAGCGCAAGCCUUUCUCCCUCCGUCGCGUUCGAACGUUCUUCGCCCGCGUCGCCGAGAAUUCCGUCUCAGAAGCGAAGGAGAGUACAAUCCGGCGGAGCGAGACGCGCAACAUGACGCAGCAGCCAGGCACGAAUGAAACGGCCUCUAGACCAGAGAAGCAACUCAAGACGACGCACUCGAAGGCGUCAGAUCUGGCGUCCCGCGGCAGCGAUGUGCCUGAGCAAUCAUCGCGUGACUCUGACGCCUCAAAUCAGCGAGCGUCUGCCGCCUCGGCAGUCGUCGCGCCGUGGCGGAGGCGUUGGGCAUCUCUGAAAGUGUGCGAAGCACGCAUGCUUCCCGACGAAGCGCCUUUUGCCGCGACACGAACUCACGGGCCGACGCCCUUGUGGCCUUUGCUCCAUCAACUCGGAGCGCGAGCGCUCGAUGCUUUGCUCGCACCAGAGGCGAGUCGCCACACGCCGACGCCUCCAUCGCCGAUCCGUGCCGCGACGUUCCCGGAGCGUCUGUGGGAAGAAAUGGGACUGGACACGCCGAACUUCAAUCCGAAGCUGCGGCCUCCUCCAAGCGGUCGUAUCAGGCAUCACGAUCUGGAUGAGCACGAGUUCCAGAGGCUCAACGAGGAGGGCCUGUUCCGCAUGGUCACCGCGCUCUGUAUGACGUCCAUCACCCAGAGCCAGGGCGACACAGCGAUGCUGUUCUGGGUCGGCGAGAGAGACUUUACGCGACUCGUGUCUCUCUUUCCCGAGCUCAAGGAACUCGGGGCCGUCGAGCGAGCCCUCGCAGACGGGCGUCGCUGCGUCGACAUCUUCCAACACGUGCCUAGCAUCGCAGCGCAGCGACCAUCAAGUCAGGGCGGACUUCUACUGCAUUUACCGUAGGUCACCGUCCGCAUCAGGCUCUGGUCAACAGCUGACCAGCGGUGUUGCUCUGUCAGGUCCGCCCGUCGACGCAAAAGACCGCACCGCUCGCGUUGCGGCCGUCGUCCAGAUGAAGCCCUUCGUCCAGCUCUGCUUCGCAGCGUAUGCGCUGCUCUGCCACGGACCCG